GCUGGCAAUAUCUGGCACUUCUUUAACUGAGUUAAGUAACGAAUCUUUGUUCCAUUUCCCUCCUAUUUAUUUUUCUUUAAAAUUUUCUUGCAAACCAAUUCUUAGUCCUUUGUUUUACCUUCUCCAUGAAGUCACUGAAACCACACGCGCACACACACACACAAGAACAAACACUAAGAAAGAAACCUUUUCUUCCCUUUUCAACUAUAAAUUCUGAAACCAAGAAUCAUAACUUCCCCCCUUUCUCUCUUUCUCUCUCAGUUUCUUCCAUUUCAUUGAUUCUCCAAUUUGUUUGGUUUCUUUUUCUGUCAUUAUUCUUUGAAUCUCUGCUUAUUCCAAAGCAUAAAACUCAGUAUAGAAAGAAAGAAAGAACAUGGCAGAAGAAAAAGCAAUAUUCCUCAUUGUAUUGUCAACUAUGUUCUUGUGGGUUUCUGGGGUUGGAGUAAACUGGGGAACAAUGGCAACUCACCAGCUUCCACCAGAGAAAGUGGUUAAGAUGCUUCAAGAAAACGGUUUCGAUAAGUUGAAGCUGUUUGAUGCAGAGGAAUGGAUCAUGGCUGCACUUAUAGGAACUGAUAUUGAAGUUAUGUUGGCUAUUCCAAACAAUAUGUUGGAAGAAAUGAGUAAGAAUCCAAAGGUUGCAGAUUCUUGGGUUGAUGAGAAUGUCACCAGUUACUUGUACACUGGUGGAGUAAACAUCAAGUACAUAGCAGUGGGGAAUGAACCUUUCCUUAAGGAAUAUAAUGGCAGCUAUCUACAAUCAACUCUGCCAGCUCUGAAGAACAUUCAAACAUCACUGAACAAUGCAGGGAUUGGAUCAAGGGUGAAAGUAACAGUUCCAUUCAAUGCAGACAUAUACUAUUCCCCAGAAUCAAAUCCAGUUCCUUCAGCAGGUGACUUCAGACCUGAAGUUAGAGACCUCACAAUUGAGAUAAUCCAGUUCUUAUACUCAAACAAUGCACCUUUCACAGUUAAUAUCUAUCCCUUCCUUAGUCUCUAUGGAAAUGAUCAUUUCCCAUUUGAUUUUGCAUUCUUUGAUGGCAACAACAAGCCUCUAAGGGAUGGCAAUUCGGUCUACACCAAUGUUUUCGACGCGAAUCUGGACACGCUUCUCUGGGCUCUAGAGAAGGCAGGGUACCCUGAGAUGCAUGUCAUGGUUGGUGAAGUCGGGUGGCCAACUGAUGGUGACAAAAAUGCUAAUGUCAAGAAUGCAGAAAGGUUCAAUAUGGGUUUGCUCAAACAUGUUAUGAGUGGGACUGGAACUCCUAAGAGGAAAGGCACAACAAUUGACAUUUAUCUAUUUAGUCUUAUUGAUGAGAAUGCUAAGAGCAUUGCACCUGGUAAUUUUGAGAGGCAUUGGGGCAUCUUUGAGUUUGAUGGCAAACCAAAGUACCAACUCGACUUGAAAGGUAUGAACGAGAAUAAGGGUCUGGCUCCUGUGGAAGGAGUGAGGUACAGGGAGAAACAAUGGUGUAUCUUAGACCCUGAUGCUGUUGACUUAAACUACUUGCCAGAUAGCAUUGACUAUGCUUGUAGCCUAUCAGAUUGCACUGCUUUGGGAUACGGUUCCUCUUGUAAUGGCCUAACACUUGAAGGGAAUGCAUCUUAUGCCUUCAAUAUGUAUUAUCAAGUGAACAAUCAGAGAGAUUGGGACUGUGAUUUUUCUGGCUUGGCUAUUAUAACAGAUGAAGAUCCAUCUCAAAAGGGUUGCCAAUUCCCUAUCAUGAUUAUUUCUCAUGCUUCUUCUUUGGCUAUGUAUGCAGGUUUUGCCGACAUGUUAAAGAGCACUUUGUGGUUAUAUAUUUUUGUUAUGUCUUUUUUAGUCCUUUAGAUGAUAAAGAUUUGUAAAGUCAUUAUUAAAGGAUUUAUUUUUAAUUACUUUUACUUUCUUUUGAAAAAACAGCUAUGCUUGUAAGUGUGUAAAUUUCUUUUAUGAGCAAGUUGUUGAAAGAA